AUGGAACUCAUGGAAGAUUGGCCACGUAAGGACAAGGUGAUCACUACAGAGAGAUGUCCCAAUCUUCCUUACUCCCGGGAUCCCACGCAGGAACAUCACUACAUCCCUCACCAUGACCAGAGAGAAGAUCUCAGAGAUGCGAAAACAGCAGUUAAAAAGGAAGAGGAGAUGUACGUGAGGGCUGCUCAGCAGUCUACGGAGGUGGUCAAAAUGAUGGUGAGGAUCAAAGAAGAGGAGUCCUCGGCGCAGAUUGGUACACGGGAGUUGUACAUGAGUAACAUCUUGGAAGGACAACUUGACAUCACACAAGAUGCUCCAGGAGUCUCCCCCGGAACCCCAGACAUCAACCUUGAGGGACCAUCUCUCUGCAAACCAAAACCAUGUCCCGAAAAGAGUGAAUAUUCCACAUGGGAAUCAGGUUUUGUUGAAGAUCAUAAGAUGGACACCGACCUCGGCACCUUCAGAUGUUCAGAGUGUGCGAAAGGCUUUGCUCACGCAGAAGACCGCAACAAGCAUCAGACAACGCACGCUAAGAGGAAGCCGUUUUCGUGUUCUGACUGCGAGAAACGCUUUCUGGUGAAAUCCAAACUCAUCCGGCACGUUCGCGUCCACACGGGCGAGAAGCCCUACUCCUGCGCCGCGUGCGGCCGCUGCUUUAGCAACAAGAAGAAUCUCGCCGUGCACGUCCAUAGGCUCCACCCGGACGACAAGCUCUUCUCCUGUUCGGACUGCGCCAUGUGUUUCCAGGAGAAGGGGCGGCUGGUUAUGCAUCGGAGGAUUCACGCGAGUGAAAGGGAGAGGCCGAGGCCGUAUGCCUGCCCCGAGUGUCGAAAAGGCUUCGCCAAGAAUUCCGACCUGGUAAGGCACCGCCGGACACAUACGGGUGAAAAGCCUUUCUCUUGCAGUGAAUGCGGAAAAUGCUUUGCACAGAAGGCUCAGCUCAUCACCCAUCUGAGAGUCCACAAGGUGGAGAAGCCGGCUUCCUCUUCCGAGUUCGAGGGAUGUCCCUUUCCGAAAUCACAAGGGGCCUUAACAUGA